AAUCUUUAGCAACUGCAUAGCAAAAUGUCUUUUAGGUUACUACUAGGGCUUUUUAUUGAUAUCGUUUCACUGUGGUUGACUGGGCAACGCAUAAUAUAUUGAAUAUGCAAAUUUGUGUUAAAAGUUAAUAUAAAAUUUUCAUAACAAGUCAAAGUAAAGUAAAUUUCAAUUGCCUGACAUUGCUUUUGAACGCCAUAUGAUUUAGCUGAAAGAUUAUUGACUCUUAUCGCAUAUCAUUGGUCUUUAAUACCUUAUUCAGAGUUUAAGGUGCUCAAUAAAUGCAAUAUGAUGAGUUCUACAAUAAAUUUCUUUGCUGUAAGAAACGCUUGAAAAUAUAUGCUUCAUCAGAGAUACGUAGAUUUUGGUUAUGGAUGAAAGAGAGAAUUUAGCAAGCUUGGAAGAUAAAGGUGAUGAUAACAGUUGGAUAUGGCACGGAUUCCUAAAUGAAGGAGAUGUUGAUUUUCCGAAAUUGAAGACUAUAGAUGUUGCUCAGUUGCUGCAAGUUAAGUCGGUUUACGUUUCAGGGGGAUUCGACAAGAAUGGUUCUCCUUUGAUCAUCUUCCCACAUUCACAGAAAUUCGCUGAUAUCAGUCAGGAGGAUAUCGAAAAGAUCUUUCAUUAUCUUGUUCAACGAUUUGGUUCGGAUGAGAGAAAGAAAGGUUUCACUGCUUUAAUUGAUCGUCGUUCUGAGAACUGGAUGUCUGUAAAACUUGUCCUUGACCGAUUAAAGUUUUUGUUCACUGCCACAGCUGCCAUUCAAAAUGCAUAUGUCAUCAAGCCACAAGGAUUCUUUCAAAAAUAUUCCGAAAGCAGUUUUCGAUCUAACCAAUCAUACAAUUUUCAGGUCACCAUUUUAAAUGACAUCAAUGUUUUGUAUGAGUAUGUGGACAAGAGUCAGCUGACCCCAUGUCUCGGUGGCUCACUUAUGUACAAUCAUCAAGAGUGGGUACAAUACAGAACCGCCAUUGAUAGGUUUCGUGAAAAUUGCCGUGCUAUCGCCUCUCGCUUGGUAACUUUAAAGCAGAUAUUCGAUAAGACAAAUUUCUCUAUAUCUGAUAACCAAGAGACAGAGCACAUGCUAGAUGUUCAUGGUCAAAUGUGGAUUGAUGUUCGUGACGACAUUGAUAAUGCACUUAUGACGGGCAAAACGCAGCUAAAAUGCAUGAAGGGUGACGAAGAUUUGCUUGAGAGGCAAAUGUCUUCUUGCUUGGCAAUCUCACAAACCAGUGUUGCCGAUUUACAACAGUUAGUUGACGAAAUGUCUCGAGUUAAGGACAAGUUUGAGCAAGAGUGGACGUACCAUCAAAAAUGUGUUGUUCAAUCUUUGCAAUACAACUUUUUUGAGACAGAGUUUGUGGAGAUAAAAAAUUUGCUUGUGGAUGCGCAGAAGAAACUUUCGAGAAUGAAAGAGCUUGGUGAUUCGGUCACCGCGGCAAAGAAAUUGAAGAUUGACACAGAAUCUCUCAAGGAUGAAACAAAGGGUGUUGCAGAAAAACUGAAGGAUAUGUGCGAGAGAGGUGAAGUAAUGAUAAAAAAGGACAACUAUCACUCGAACAGUAUAAAGCUCAAAUGUAGCGAACUUGAAGAUUUAAACAAAGAUUUUGAAAAGAAACUUGAAGAACGGAUGCAUACUUUAAAUAAAUCAGCCGAAGUUCACGAAUGUUUAACUCAGGCUGGUAAAUGGUGCAAUGCUGGACUCGACAUUCUAGCUUCACAGCCUGCUGAACGGUUCCAGUCUCCUGAAGGUGCAGAAACAUCUCUCCGAGAGAUCGACGAUUUUUUAAAGAAGCCACAAGGUGUGAAUCUACGUAAACUUAAUCGAUUAGAAAAAACAACAAAGGAAUUGGGUGACGAAGUAUUGCUGGAACAAGUUCGAAUGGCCUUAAAACGUAUUAGUGAUGUAACGGAAAUGAUGAGGAACAGAGAGUUAAGUUUCAAGAAAAUGGUAAUAAAAAGACCCGUGCAAGAAGUUGCACCUGUUCUUCCUUCACACAGCCCAACAUCUCAAACCUCAAAAUCACCUCUCACAUCAAAGAGAAGAGGAGGCGUGAGUCCUUUGUUGCAUGUAAAGAAAGACAAUACCAAAGGACAAAAAACCGGUAGUUCCACGACUCAACGAGGUCCAAUAUCAAUUAUUGUCACCUCUGACUCAACCAGUACCACCAAAUCUCAAAUAACUCCAGGAGAACGUCCUCGUUCUGUCUCCGUAAAUAGUCCUCGUAAUUCCAACGAUUUUGAAGUGGAGGAUGAGGCAGUUUUAGUGACAAAACGAGCCCAAGUGAUGAAUGAACUAGUUGAAACAGAGAAAGUAUAUGUCAGUGAUCUUCAAUGCGUGGUCGAGGGCUACAUGAAACAAUAUCAUGACAGUAGUCCCAACCUACCGCGAAAGCUUAAGGGUAAAAAAGGAAUCAUAUUUGGAAACAUUUACGAGAUUUAUGAAUUUCACCGUGACAUAUUUCUGCGCGAUCUUGAGAAGUGUGCCAAUCAGCCGUUGCUUGUCGGCGAAGUGUUUUUGGCGAAAGAAAACGAGUUUCAAAUGUACGCUGCGUAUUGUAAGAACAAACCAAGCUCAGAGGCACUCAGAAAUGAGUGCGCUGAGGUCGAUUUCUUUGUAAAAUGUCAGGAAAGUCUUGGACAUCAGCUUCCUUUGCACGCUUACCUUUUGAAACCAAUUCAGCGAAUUACAAAAUAUCAGCUGAUCUUAAAGCAAAUGAUAAAGUACUCCCAAGCGUGCGUAGAGAGUUUAACAAGUUUGAAGAACGCUUUGGAUGCGAUGAUGAAAGUUUUAAAAAAUUUGAAUGAUGUUAUGCAUUCUACGUACAUUCGUGGCUUUCUUGGUAAAUUGAGCGAUCAAGGCAAGCUUCUGAUGCAGGACACUUUUAAUGUGCGACAGUCUAGAAAGAAACACGUCAUCAAUAUGAACCUCACUCAUUUUAAAGGCAAACCGCGACAGAUUUUCCUGUACGAGAAGCUCAUCGUGAUUACGAAGCGUGACGAUGAAGAAGCGAAGGACAAUGUCUUUUAUCAAUUUAAAAGCAGUUUGAAGUUAGUCGAUGUUGGUUUAACUGAAACAGUUAAGGAAGAUCCUCUCAAGUUUGGGCUUUUACACAAAAAGUCUGAAUUUUACACGUUGCAGGCACCAUCAGACGAUAUAAAAAAUCUCUGGGUGCAAGAAAUACGACGUUUACUUCAAUCACAGUUCUCUCUCGUCAAAGAAUCUAAAUCGCUUGCAAUGUCACCGGAGUUGUCUCCUAAAGACUAUCGUUCGUUUAACUGGGAACAAGAAAGAAGUACGAGCUCGGUUGAUAAUCAGCUUAAGGUUUCCAAUAAUAAUGAAGAAGAGUACAAUGAUGUUUUGACAAAAAGUGUCGAGGAAGGCGAUGAUUAUGAUGACUAUGAUGAAAAUGAAUGGUCAGAUGAUAGUGAAUGGUCUGAUGAUGAGGACGAAAAUACCACGAUUACGGAAGUGCCGUAUACUGAGGAACCUGAUAUAUAUUACGGUAUUGCAGACUACAAAUCUAUUGAAGAAACAGAGCUCAGCUUUUUGCAUGGUGAUAUUUUAUAUGUCUUGAGAGUUGGUGAUGGUGGAUGGUGGUAUGCGAGAUGUCAACGGACGUCUGACGAAGGCUGGGUUCCAGGAAGUUAUUUAGAAAAACGGGAUGUAGAUGUGCAAUAAUUUUAAAAAGUCUGUGUAUAGUUAUAUUAACAUGAUGUAUAUGCUCAACAAUGGGAAAGAAGAAAAAUGUACGAUCAAAGAAUUUUUUUUAAAACUGGUUUUAACCAAUUUUUUAGUUCACACUAGGUCCACAUUUUGAACAAUUUGUAGCUUUAAUUUGCCCAUAGCUUAAUUUAUAUCAUAAGAAUGAAUAAAUAAAACGCAGAGCUAUUGUUUUUACGUAAAA